AUGCAGAGAGCUGAGGUAGCGCACGUGGGCGAGGAGGGGAUGGAGGGGGGGAUAGAGGGGAUGGAGGGGGGGAUAGAGGGGGGGAUGGAGGGGGGGAUGGAGAAGGGGAUAGAGGAAGAGGGGAUGGAGGUAGAGGAGGAGGGGAGGGAAGAAGGGAGGGAGGAGGGAGUGUGUCAGCGAGAGGGUGUUACUGGAGCAGAGGAGGAAAGGGAUGAAGGGGCGGUGGAAGGGGGAGAAAGAGAGGAUAUGAGGGGUGUGGGAGGCGAGGGAAGGAUGGUAAGAGAAGUGGAGCAGGAUGGUGGGAGGGAUGUGGAAAGGGGGAGGGGAGAUGGAGGGAGGGAGAGGGAGGAGGGGGGUGAGGCAGUGAGGGAAGCAGGCAGGGAGCAGCAAGAGAGAGGAAAGGAAGGGCCCCGUGCUUACUCCCUGGCGCCACCCCGUGUCCCCUCCCAUGCUCCACCCAACGUCCCACCUAUGCCCUUCAAUGCUGGCCCACACCCCCCCCCUCCGUGGGUGCUGUAUCCCCACCUGUGGCCGCCCCCUCUUCCUCCUCCCUCUCAUGCCGCCUCUAACCCGCCUUCUCGCCCCCCUCACCCUCCUCCUCCUCAAUCCCCAUCUCACCCUCCUCAAUCCCCAUCUCACCCCCCUCCUGCACCACCUUCAUCCUCCGCCCAUCCCUUUCCCCCAUACCUCUUCCCCAUGCCCUUUCCUCCCUUUGCGCCCUUUACUGCCUCCCUUCCCUUUCCUCCACCACCCUUGUCUCGUCCCCCCCUUGCUGCUGCCACUGCUGCCACCACCACCACUGGUGCUGCUGCUGCAGCUGAUGCCACUAAAUCUGCUGCUGCCGCUACAGCUGCUGCUGAUGUUGCUGCAGCUGACGCUGCUGGUGAUGCCGCUGCUCUCGCUCAUACAGACACUGGCUCUAGACAUGCGAAGCCCAUGCAUACUGUGCGGCGUGUGGAAGCAGAGAGAGCUGAAGUUGGCGAAUGUGUGAGGGCCGCUGAAGCUGGGGAUGCAGAGAGUGUGGGUCUCACAGCUGCAUCCCAUGAUGGCGCUGCAUCCCAUGAUGGCGCUGCAUCCCAUGAUGGCGCUGCAUCCCAUGAUGGCGCUGCAUCCCAUGAUGGCGCUGCAUCCCAUGAUGGCGCUGCAUCCCAUGAUGGCGCUGCAUCCCAUGAUGGCGCUGCAUCCCAUGAUGGCGCUGCUUCCCAUGAUGGCGCUGCAUCCCAUGAUGGCGCUGCUUCCCAUGAUGGCGCUGCAUCCCAUGAUAGCGCUGCUUCCCAUGAUGGCGCUGCUUCCCAUGAUGGCGCUGCUUCCCAUGAUGGCGCUGCUUCCCAUGAUGGCGCUGCUUCCCAUGAUGGCGCUGCUUCUGACGCACAUGACCACGUGCACAUGGUCACACAAGGCGGGGUGGAUGCUCCUGGGUCGGAGAGAGCAGAUGGUGUGGUUGAUGUUCCGGUGUCAGCCACAGCAGACGCACACACCCAUGCCUCCCCGUUCAUGUCACCUCUUCCUUCCCCGCCUCCCUUCCCCUCCUCGCCGCUCUCCCUGCCUUGUCUCUCUCUUGACACUCGCCUCUCGGAGGGGACGUGUGAGGGAGAGGAAGGAGGAGGGGGGGGAGGAGGGAUGCUGGGAUGGGAAGAGGAGGAUAGAUGGGAGGGGGGAGGAGGGGGGGGUGAUCAAGGGAUGGUUGAGGGGGGAGGAGAGUGCUGUGAGGGGGUUGGGAUGGGGUGCCCCUCUCUCCCGCCCCAACCAUUCCCCUGGCACCCUGCUAUGCCUCCCUGGCACCAUCCACUCUUCCCAUCCGGUCAACCCCCAUACAGCCCCACGUUCCUCCCUCCUCCCAACAUGACACCUGCUGACUUCCACAAGUUGAUGCAGCGCCAGAUAAUGCCUCCCCUUGGCUGGGGACAGAUACCACCUGCUCUGGGAUCGGGUCAGAUACCACCUCCCCCUGGCUGGGGACAGGGUUGGGGAUGGUGGGGAGGUGCAGGCAGGGGCAGGGGCGGGGAGGAGGAAGAGGACGGCCGAGAGGGAGUGAGGGGGGAGAGGAAGAGACAAAGGAGAGUCAGCUUCUGGGAUGGGGGCGUUGCGAGGGGAGGUGGGGGGAUGUGGGGGGAGGGAGGAGGGGUUGCAGUGGAUGGGGGGAUGGGGAACGGCGGGAGGAGGAUGGACGGGCGGAUGGGUGGACGGGUGCUGAAGGGGGAGGAAGAAGUGGAAAAGGUGAGUUACUGCGCGGACGCAUCGCUCAUGCCUGCAGGCGCGUACGCAUCGCUCAUGCCUGCAGGCGCAGACGGAUCGCUCAUGCCUGCAGGCACGUACGCAUCGCUCAUGCCUGCAGGCGUGUACACAUCGCUCAUGCCUGCAGGCGCGUACGCAUCGCUCAUGCCUGCAGGCGUGGACGCAUCGCUCAUGCCUGCAGGCGCGGACGCAUCGCUCAUGCCUGCAGGCGCGUACGCAUCGCUCAUGCCUGCAGGCGCGGACGCAUCGCUCAUGCCUGCAGGCGCGGACGCAUCGCUCAUGCCUGCAGGCGCGUACGCAUCGCUCAUGCCUGCAGGCGCAGACGGAUCGCUCAUGCCUGCAGGCACGUACGCAUCGCUCAUGCCUGCAGGCGUGUACACAUCGCUCAUGCCUGCAGGCGCGUACGCAUCGCUCAUGCCUGCAGGCGUGGACGCAUCGCUCAUGCCUGCAGGCGCGUACGCAUCGCUCAUGCCUGCAGGCGCAGACGCAUCGCUCAUGCCUGCAGGCGCGUACGCAUCGCUCAUGCCUGCAGGCGCGGACGCAUCGCUCAUGCCUGCAGGCGCGGACGCAUCGCUCAUGCCUGCAGGCGCGGACGCAUCGCUCAUGCCUGCAGGCGCGGACGCAUGGCUCAUGCCUGCAGGCGCGAACGCAUCGCUCAUGCCUGCAGGCGCGGACGCAUCGCUCAUGCCUGCAGGCGCGGACGCAUCGCUCAUGCCUGCACGUGCGGACGCAUCGCUCAUGCCUGCACGCGCGUACGCAUCGCUCAUGCCUGCAGGCGCAGACGCAUCGCUCAUGCCUGCAGGCGCGUACGCAUCGCUCAUGCCUGCAGGCGCGUACACAUCGCUCAUGCCUGCAGGCGCGUACGCAUCGCUCAUGCCUGCAGGCGCGGACGCAUCGCUCAUGCCUGCAGGCGCGUACGCAUCGCUCAUGCCUGCAGGCGCGUACGCAUCGCUCAUGCCUGCAGGCGCGUACGCAUCGCUCAUGCCUGCAGGGGCGUACACAUCGCUCAUGCCUGCAGGCGCGUACGCAUCGCUCAUGCCUGCAGGCGCGUACGCAUCGCUCAUGCCUGCAGGCGCAGAUGCAUCGCUCAUGCCUGCAGGCGCGUACGCAUCGCUCAUGCCUGCAGGCGCGUACACAUCGCUCAUGCCUGCAGGCGCGGACGCAUCGCUCAUGCCUGCAGGCGCGUACGCAUCGCUCAUGCCUGCAGGCGCGUACGCAUCGCUCAUGCCUGCAGGCGCGUACGCAUCGCUCAUGCCUGCAGGCGCGUACACAUCGCUCAUGCCUGCAGGCGCGUACGCAUCGCUCAUGCCUGCAGGCGCGUACGCAUCGCUCAUGCCUGCAGGCGCGUACACAUCGCUCAUGCCUGCAGGCGCGUACGCAUCGCUCAUGCCUGCAGGCGCGUACGCAUCGCUCAUGCCUGCAGGCGCAGACGCAUCGCUCAUGCCUGCAGGCGCGUACGCAUCGCUCAUGCCUGCAGGCGCGUACACAUCGCUCAUGCCUGCAGGCGCGUACGCAUCGCUCAUGCCUGCAGGCGCGUACGCAUCGCUCAUGCCUGCAGGCGCGGACGCAUCGCUCAUGCCUGCAGGCGCGUACGCAUCGCUCAUGCCUGCAGGCGCGUACGCAUCGCUCAUGCCUGCAGGCGCGUACGCAUCGCUCAUGCCUGCAGGCACGGACGCAUCGCUCAUGCCUGCAGGCGCGGACGCCUGA